AUGGGGGUCCCCCCUCCCGAUUUCGAGAUACUGCCGAGCACUUGGGGGGCGUCCGCGGUCGAGAGAACCUCCAAGAUGGGGUCGUCCACGGUCGAGACCGCACCGACCGAUCGGAUCGACGCGGUCGCCGCGCGUCUAUAUGCCCUCUCUGGCCUCGCUGCGGGUAUCUUUCGUGCCAUGAGACCGAUAGUGUUGUCGAAGGGUCGCCUUCUGGACCUCGUAUCGGGAACGGUGCGGCAUAUCUCCGUCGAAGACGUAUCGCAUAUCGCGACUAUCGUGUCUGAGAUUCCCGUCGAUGCGCCUUUGGCGAGCGUGAUCGCUUCCAAACCCGCUUAUCUUUCGGCGGCCACCGUCGCAUCUCUAAAGAACAUCAUGACCCCCAGUCGAGGGUACUUGUCUCAACUGGUUCCGAGCCUCCUGGAAAAGCCCCAUACGCUCAUAUCGAUGGAAGAAUUCACGCGCUUCGCCUCUCCGUCUGCUAUUGUCACUCGGGCCUGUCCGACCCUGUCGAUGUCGAGUCCAUUAGGCGCUGCGAUAUUAUCCGCAGGAGACGUCCUCCCUCGGUCCGGCUUGAUCGAUCUGGAGAGCUUCGUGAACGCGACGACCACGACCUGCCAGGCGAGCACGACGAAUGUCUUGGGCCUCCUUCCGUCGAUGUCCCCAACGCUCGCACUCGCCCUCGGUGGGGCAGCCGUCGGGAUUUCGUUGGCGUAUAUGUAUUACAGAUACCUUCGCCCCGACGCGGGUGCGGACGUCCUCGAUAAUCUCGUCGAAGAGGAUAUAGACAUGAGGUUGGACGACGUCGACCGUCUACUAGCUACGCAGAAGCGCUUUCUGGACCGGGAAUGGACGAGAAAGUUCACGAGAUGUCAGUUCCGCAACCUCGUGUUGGCGCAGAAGUUGAGGAAGCUGAUGGAUGAUAGACAGUUUUACGACGCGAGCGAUGAACCGCUUCAGUCGUCGAACGUGCCACCCAGCAGCGCGGGGAGCGGGGCGAGCCUUCCACCCUCGCCGCCCUCGACGGGCACCCCAGCUUCGGAACCGGUGAAGGAGCUGGCCAAUGUCGAUCACGCCGAGAUAUUCUUCGAUGGCAUUUUGGACAUGAUCGAGCAGAAUUUUGAAGACGUUCGCGACGAGUUGAAUGAGAGAGGCCGAUCGGAACUGCAGGGCUUCGUGACGAAGGCGAAAGAGAACCACCAGGAGGCCAAAUCAUUGAUCUCACGGCGACGGGUGGUUGAACUCGACUUCGGCACCUCCGCCGCCCUCGAGAGGCGGGCAGCCGCCACCACCCGCACCUCCACCGCCUUCGCAAGGCGGGCAGCCACCGGCACCUCCGCCGCCCUCGAGAGGCGGGCAGCCGCCACCACCCGCACCUCCACCGCCGUCGAGAACGGGGCAGCCGCCACCACCCGCACCUCCACCGCCCUCGAGAACGGGGCAGCCGCCACCACCCGCACCUCCACCGCCCUCGAAAGGGGGACAGCCGCCACCCCCGGCACCCCCUCCACCUGGUGGCCGCGGAGGGACUCUCUUAUCGACGGCUGCGAACGGAACGUCGAGGAACCUGUCUUCGUCGGCUCUUCCGGCAUCGUUGCGUGGAAAACAUGCCGCCACCCCCGCCACCACCGCCACCCGGCGGACGAGGAAGGGGUCCGCCACCACCGCCACCGCCGCCUGGGGAACGAGGAGGGGGUCCGCCACCACCGCCACCGCCGCCUGGGGGACGAGGAGGGGGUCCACCACUUCCGCCACCGCCGCCAGUAG